UCCCCUCACUUCCGAUGGCUGAGUGACUGGAAAUACAUCGUCUUCUAGACAGGAUUUAUGAUCUGAAUGGCGAACUUUGACGCCAUUUUUGAUGAAAACAUCGAGUCCGAAGCAGAUUCUCGUAUUUCAGACGAUUAUGUGCCGAUUCAGAAGGAUCCUGUGGUUGUACGUGGAGUUGGACACAUGACUAUAUUUGGUUUAAAUAGCAAGUUUGAUUCAAGUUUUCCUCAGGGACUUUCCGCGAAGGUGGCACCAGAAGAGUUCAAAGAAACAAUUACAAGAGUAAACAGAGUACUAAGUAAAACAAUGCCAAUCAAUGUACGUUGGCUAUUGUGUGGGUGUAUAUGCUGUUGUUGUACGUUAGGGAUAUCAAUGUGGCCUGUUGUUUGUUUAAAUAAAAGAACAAGACAUUCAUUAAAUAAAAUAUUAGAUGCYGAAAACUGUCAUUUAUAUCACAAGCUUGGGCUUCACUGGCGCCUUACCAAACAAAAGUGCAACAAUAGCAAUAUGAAAGAAUAUGUUUUAUUAAUAGAAUUUAUACCAAUGACAAAUAUCCUGCGUCCAGACUGAAAGCCCAAUUCCUGUUUAAUAUGUACUUUGAUGAUAUGUAAUUGACAUGAUAAASUAUGAGACUAUCUGUAUAGGGUAUCCAAUAUUGAAUCCAUUGUAACUUAGUAGCCUUCUUAGUGGCCCUCAGGGAAUUGGCGAGAGUCGUUAGAGAGUUUAAGCAUCACGUUUACAGCAAACAUCUAAGRGCAGAGCUGAACCAAUGACCUAAGAAUUUUCGUGCCUGAACUUGUGCUUUUGGUAGUCAUUUGAAAGAGCGACCAAUUUUCACGAUUAUGGCAACCCCAAAAUACCCCACUUUAGCAUCGAAACUGUAACGGGAAACCCAAAAAAGUAGGUCACAUGAUCUUUUCUAACAUUUGCUGUGAAUGUCAUGCUUAAGCUAUCUAUUAUCUGCUUGGCCUACUGCUAGUCAGGCUACUGAAAAGCUAUUGUAUAGCCCAUUCAGAUUUGGUGUGMAUGCUUCAGACCUUCCUGAACUUUGAUUCAUUUACUUUAACUCUUUCAUAUGUUUUACUAAAAUUUUAGAAAUAAAAGUGAAUCCAAACUAACAAAUUCAGCCUAAACUUUAUGUAAAUGAUAGGGAUUGCUAAUAUUUUAGCAAGCCUGUUGAAGAGCAUGUUACACCAACAAAGUCAACUCAUGAUUGCAAGUUUAGUUAAAAUGAUUCUGGUUUUCAUAUUGCUAUUGAAAAAAGUAGAAUGACCUGCAUAGAUGUCUUGAUUUUGCAGACUUAAUGCAAGUUGUUUUGUUAUAUUAAAUAGGUUAUAUUUAUAUUCAUUAAAGCAAUGUAUGUAAAUUAUUUUAUUUUGACCCUGUAAGGUUUAAUAUUAUUAUCAAAAGUUAAUAUCAUGCACUGUUAUUUUCAUUCAUAGCCUAAAUAGUUUCAAAAUCAUGUUUAAUCAUUAAUAGAUAUUGUCAUUAAGCUUGUAUGGAAUUAAUUGCUAGAAAAAGUCUGAACACUAUCUUUGUAUAAUAAUUAAAAAGUGCACAAUAAGAAAAAAUAUAACUGUAAAAACGUUAAAUUUUUGCCAUUUUAUAAAAAUGAUUGAAUAAUUUAAUUCAAUUAUGUUUACAAAUUAAAAUGUGACAUUAUUCGUUGUUAGUUAAAUUGUUAGU